ACAGAGUGGAAGACCAACAACCUUACGUCCUACUUCAAGUAUACGGACGACAAGGUUGAUCUUCCUAACGGUGCUCCAAUGGCAGCAAUUUCUUGCGCGGAUUAUAGCUGUGGCGACACCUGCCUUUUCUAUCUUGGUACUGACGGAUAUUUACACGACGUAAGGGAUGAUAGUUGGAAAGGCGGCGCAGUGUGGUAUUCUGAGCAUGGCGGGACGGCGAAGGCACUCCUCAGAGCCGACCAGGGCUCACAGCUUGCAGCAACAUUGACAAAGCGAUUUUCCACCGAAAAUGAUCAAUCGGUGCCUAACGGUACUCUACUAGUCAAUCGACUUGUUGCUUACAAAGACCAAGACAAGAACCUUUAUGUCGCCAAUGACAGUGCUUCUUACGUCCCAAGCGAGCUGGAUCAGAUACCGAAUUUGACAACCAAUUUAAGCCUGGCAAUGAUCACACAAUUCGGAGGUGUUGUACUUGAUGGCAUUGGCUUGGUUGCUCAAGCCGUAGGCUCGAACACUGCAACGACUUCAGAGUUCAGCAUGGUUGAAGACAGAUGGGAUGGUCAGGGAUGGAACAGCCAAAAUGAAGCUAUUCUAGCCAAUGUUCUCAAGCCCCAAGGCUCAUCAUCUAUGGCGACGCCUCAAUUUGCUGUUACGAUGCGAAAUAAUUGGCUGGACAGCAUCUACUUGGCCCUCAACCCCGAUGGAACGAUAACUGGCCGAGUAAUAGGCCAGAGAAAUGAGACGAUGAACCAAAUCACGCUCGAAAAGUCUGGGGGUGAAGUGGCAAAGUUUUCGGCUAUUGCGACAACAAUGGACGGACACCUCUAUGGCAUUGUCGACAAUACCAUACAGGAGUACUCCUUCGAUACGUCCGAUGCGUCUAUUCUACAUUUUGAUGGAACUGUAUAUGAUUGUUCGACGGAAAAUUCAUCCUAGUCAUUCACAAAUAGGCACUUAGUAAUGUAUGUCCCAGCUUCGGGUGGGAGGUCAGCGCUAUUGAGCAGGUAGGGGGCGGAUAUCUUUGGUUAGAGAUGAGAAGUGAUUUUCAAGCCGACCAGGCACAUUCAAGAGGUAGUUCGUACUCCUCGAACUAAGAGUUACACUGGGGUCAGGUUCUGGGUCAAUAAUUUAAUGCAUGAGCUUCCGUCUAGUAUAGAAAAAGGGGUUUGCUGGAAGAUUUGUUGUGUCUUGGACCACCGGCCGUUGCGUUGCAAUUCAUUGAUAUUAUACCA